AACAGCCAGGAGCUCCCCUCAGCUGCAGCAGUAGCUCGCGCUGUGUCACGGCCAGUAGCUGCAGGUCGACGAGCUGCCAACGAGUGAGUCUGCAUUAGAGGUGAGCGCGAGCCCUGUGCAAAGCAGGGAGACCAAACAAGUGCUGACAUACAGCAUUGUCAUAGGAUCUGCUGUGCCAAACAUUGCCAUUAAGCAGACGAGGCCCUCUUGGUAAAUACCAAGAAUCAGGAAACAACAACCUUCAUUUUCUGGUCAUCACCACAGGGUAUCCUUUCCAGAUUAGGAACAUUCCAUCCUUCAGGACAACUGGUUCUGUUUCUUGUGGCACUGGAGAGCACCCUUAGGUACUCAAGGUCCUCGCAGUUGGACUGUUAAUACAAUGACUGAAAGAUUUGACUGUCACUACUGCCGGAAUCCGCUGCAUGGAAAGAAGUAUGUUGAGACAGAAAACCGUCAUUGCUGUCUGCCGUGCUUCGACAAGUUUGUUGCCAACACUUGUGCAGAGUGUAGGAGACCCAUCAGCUCUGACAGCAAGGAGCUUCACUACAAGAAUCGAUACUGGCAUGAAAAUUGCUUCCGCUGCUCCAGGUGCUACCAGGGACUAGCCAAUGAGCAGUUUGGUACAAAGGAUGACAAGAUUUUGUGUGGCAAAUGCAUGGGCCGAGUGGAUGCCCGUAGAUGCUAUGGAUGCCAUAAACAAAUUGUUGCAGGUUCAAAAAGUGUUGAAUACAAAGGGAACGCCUGGCAUGAUGAGUGCUUUAUCUGCUUCCAGUGCAAGCAACCCAUAGCAUCAGCACAAUUUUUUGCAAAAGGAGAGGAUGUCUAUUGCAAUGCCUGCUAUGAGAAGAAGUUUUCCAAGGAGUGCGCUCACUGUAACAAGACCAUCACUUCUGGAGGUGUUACCUACCAAAACCAGCCAUGGCACUCAGAAUGCUUUGUGUGUGCCACCUGCAAAAAGCAGCUGUCUGGCCAACGAUUCACUGCUCAUGAGAACGAUAUUUACUGUGUCGACUGCUACAAGGCCUUUGUUGCUAAAAAGUGCGCUGGAUGCAAAAACCCAAUUACCGGAUUUGGAAGAGGAACCAAUGUCGUCAACUAUGAAGAUCAGUGCUGGCAUGAGUAUUGCUUCACCUGCAAAAGAUGCUCUCUCUCACUGGCCAACAAGCGCUUUGUUAAGCAUAACAGUGAUGUUUACUGCCCUGACUGUGCAAAAAAACUGUAAGCUGGAUAAAAUGAACAUGCAUAGUAAACUGGAUUUAAAAAAUGCUUUCUUGAUAUGCUUUUUAACCAUGUUUCAAUAUCAACAAUGAUUAAGGAAUAACAUACUAGCACUGCAGUUUUGCCAAGAGCAUUUUUGUCCACUUUAUAGCAUUGUUCGGCAAAGGAUUUUUAACUGAUUUAUUUUACUGUAAAAUCAUUAAAUAACAGAAGCACCUUGAACACUAAAGCAAUUUAUGUAAUAUGCUAUUUGCUAAUUAAUAACUUGCAUAUACCUUGCUGAUGGAAAUGGCUGUUUGGAAUAUUUGAGGGGGUAAUAAAGUGUGAAAUGAAGCUAUGAAAUAAAUAUUCCGAAUGUAAUAAUAAAGUAUGUGUACAUCUGAAGAGUUAUCACAACUUAAGAACAUACACGUUCACAAUACUACCUGUAGGAUGUCUUGUUUAUCUGCCCAGCAGAGUUGUAACAUCUUUUUUUCCCAUCAGUGGGAGAGGUCUGUUGACCUGUCUGACACAGAGCCCACAACACACUAGGCAGGCCUUCUUUUCUAGUCAGUAAGAAGAUGUACAAUCUGUAAGGAAUGGAUGUAUAUUAUACACAUCAACUGGUUCACACUUCUGUACUGUCAACUAAUAGGUGACAAAGGUUUGAUGCAAGACUUGUUAAAGAUAUUUUCUAAGCAUACUCAAAUGAACAAGCCCAAAAAGCUUAUGUCAUUUAACUGCUAUAAAAAAGUCUGUAACUCGGUAUAUCUGCAUUUUCUUAAAUCUUUGUUGCAGUUUUAUUUCUCAGAUUUACAACAGUUCCUGGAAUUACUUAUGAUCAAAUUAGAAUGAAAUCACAAGAGACAGCACAUAAAGUUACACUAUAAAUCGUAAAAAUGUCUCAUUUAAAAAAAAUUAGAAAUCAAAAGUCAUAGUACCCCAACAUUUCAAGAUCAAAAAUUACAUUUACUUGCCAAAUUAAAAGAUUUCUUUUCAAAGACAAAGUAAGACAACCAUGUUGCAGAAGUGCCAUUUUACUGACAACAAAGUUAAAACUGUUAUUUUCACUCUGUGACCACAGCAAAGGAGAAAUUGUAUUUUUCUAUCAGAUUUGUAGUUCUCUUAGUUGCUUACCUAAAGCAGUGGAUGUUUCUGGUGUCAUUAAAUACACCAAGCUUUCUUUUCUUUUGGGGGAGCACUUUGUCACCAUUACCCCAUCCAUAUGGGGGAAGUACAAACCACACACCCUUGACUCAUUAAAUAAUCAACACUGAGGUCACUAAAGCUCAGAAAAAAAUAAAAUAAUUUUCCAUAGAAAAUGUGCUUGUAGACUUGACAAACUCCACUGGAUACUCAGUGUUCCAAAGGGAGUGAAUUAAUAUACCUGGAUAACCCUGUAAAAAAAAAUAAUAAUAAAGUGCACCUUUUUACAAUAUGAAGUACAUGUUCUGCAAAUGAACUCAUUUACCAUAGCUGUCAUUUCCUUUCUGAUUGCUAACCACAACUCUUAAAAAAAAGUUGCAGAUAGUGAGUGGGAAAAUAAUUACAAACAGUAGUAACUCAAGUAACUGCAGUAGAAGUUACAAGUGUGUGUGUGUGUGUGUGUGUGUGUGUGUGUGUGUCUUGUAAUGGUUGUCCCUGUAUACACCUGACAGCAAUGAGUUGAAAUACAUUGCCACCAAAAUUAUUUAUGUAUAAUUCACUCAAUUAUAUUUGAAUCUUUGUUCAAAUAUCAUUUCUAUGUGAUAUUUCAAAAACAGAAGUUGUGGAGCUGUACAUAGCAAAGUGGCCGCAAUUACUGUGUGUGUGUGUGUGUGUGUGUGUUGUGUCCCCUUGCCUCUGCAUCUAUCUGUGAGUCUGUGCUUCUGCAUCUAUCUUUGUUUGUGUAGGUAUUAUUAGAUACUUACAUAGGUGUCUAUGUAGACAUUAUUAAAUUCUUACAUAACAUAUUUUAAUGCAGAAUACUUCCUCCAAUGACAAUUACCUGUCCUACACCAGGAAAGAACAUACCUUCCAGGUGUGGGGAAGCCUUUUUUCUGUGGCAUAGUGACUGGCACCCCUGCAUAGUCUGUUAUUUGCCCUCCCUGUCUGGCAUUAUUACUUGCUUAUGCAGUAGUCAUGGAGUGAAGCAGCACAUUUACAGAUGGCAGGAAAGUAUAUUCAGUCAGGUAGGAAUUUCAGGGAACUGUGAUUAUCAAUGUCUUGUUCAAUCAUAGCUAAUACCAAGAUUUGUCCUACUACUAUGUUUUUCAUGGUUAUAUUAAAUAUAAUGCCAACUUUCAAGAAAAAAAAUGUUAUCAUUUUGAGCACAGAGAUACUUCAUAAUGAGUCUAAAAUUAUAUAUUUGCUACAGUAACUAUAUGUUGUUGUAAACAUCCACUACAGUUCAUCAUAAUUGGGUAUGGCAAAAAAUGUGUCACUAAAUCCCUUUUGUCAAAGUGUCUAAAAGCAGAAGUCUGUAUGAGGUGAGGGGUAUACAACUAAUCAUGACCGAUUUCGCAGUCAUAACAUAUAAUGGUAGGUUAUAGUUAUUGGAGGGAUGAUUUUGAUAUCCAGAAGAUUUGAUGUGGAUUAUUAUACAUACAUAAUGAAUUUAAGCUGACAGAAAACAUGACUUAUCAGGCAGUGUGUGUGUGUAUAUAUAUAUAUAUAUAUAUAUAUAUAUAUAUAUAUAUAUAUAUAUAUUCAUUACAGUUCCUAAACCAAUUAAAAGUGCUGGGUAUUUUUCUUGCUAGCUUAUAAAUACACAUACUAUAUGUGAGCAGGCAAUUCUGUAUAAAGUGCAAGUAGAAGAAGAAGAGCAACACAAAUAUAACUCCGCAGCUUGGUUUUAAAGUAUGUAUAACCUCGACAGCUUUGUCAGUAUCACUUUAUUCAAGUGUGUUAAAAUGUAGUCAGCUAUAAUGACUGUACAAGCAGAACGUUGUAACUUUUUGUGAGGAAAUGGCCUCUGUUUUCAUUAGGUUCUUCUUUUUGUCUAAUAAGUGAACAUAACUGUAAACUGAUUCAACCUGUAGAAAUGCAUAUCUAAGAAUCUAAAACACAGUUGUCUUUAAAUGAACUUUGGUUCUAAAUGUCAGAUUGCUAGGUGCUGUGCAUGCUGUUGUAAUAAUAGUUACUGCAGUCAGCCUGAGAGCUUAUGAAAUUCAGUUAUAUAUGAUUCGAAUGCUAUAUUUUACUUUAUAAAGGUGCAAUAAAAAUGUAGACAAGAA